GCAAAGCAACGUGGAAUACAUAACAUGAGAGUUAUAAGCAAAGUCACAGGAAUGUUAUGGUGUGUUGAAUCUGACCAUAGACAAUCCAAGAUCUGCGACAUAAGUGGGUUGGUCUUACAAAUUGUUGCUACUAUGUAA